AUGUCCAUGAAUCCAAAACUUUGGUUCUCUAGGUCGUGGCUUCGACAUCUUUCAUCUUGUCGCAAUCAUGAAGCCCGCGCCUCCCUACCGCUCAACACCAGGGCGCGCUUCCCAGUCUGUACAGAGGCUUCCAAAUACUCAUACCAUGCCUUUCGAGGUGACUUGCCAGAUGCCACUUCUAUUUACUUUAGUCUCACUUUCCUCGACCGUACAGAACGCCAACUUCAUGUUUUGCAAAAUCCACGUUCAUUUCAUCCCACGCUUUCGUUCAUACACUUUCUCAAUCCGCAACAGCAUUUUCCAACGUCAUACAUAUUCCACAAUUACUCCCAGUUCUCUCGCUUUCCAGCCAUUCUCCAAUCCAAACUCGUCACUUCACCCCACAGCUCUUUUUUCACUUCCGUCGAUUCAUUUGCAAACAUGGCUCUUAGAGAAUUAGGGAGGUCACUCUCCGAGAAGGCCAAGUCCGUUGCCAGGGCACCGAAAAAACUAAUACGAAGUCGAAGUGAACGCGAUCUGAGGACAGGGGCACAACCAGUGGUAGACCAGAGGAAUGACAGCAGUUUUAGGGAAGAGCAACCAGCCAGCAACAUCUCUUCGAGCAGCCAGCCAACUACUGUCACAACAACCAGUCCAGCAACUCCUGACCCCUCAGCUCACGGUCGGCCACGUCCCGUUCGAGUGCGCCCGUUACGGGACGAGGAGAGACCCCCUGUGCCUCCACUCCCUGUACAAUAUAAACCGCCGCGGCCUUCUCAUUUCCGCGAGCAUAUCGAUGCCACCUUCGAGUACCUUCCGAACCUCUCGCAGUCAAACCAACCUCGCCGCAUCGAUGAGUAUGGGAAUCCCAUCCCAACGCAACCAAAGCCUAGCCCCUUGCAGAAUGAGAUCCGGAACAGCGACGACGAUAUUAGUCCUGAUAUAUUCGAGAUACCCUCCUCGAUAAGUGAAUAUGAAAAUGUCAGCAAUGAAAAUCCAUUCACAAAUCCUCCAGCAAGUCUCAAGAACGGGGAUAUUGAGGCCCCUUCCCUGGACACGGAAGAAUUUCUACCUUAUGAAGGCAAAGGGAAAGCACCGAUGCAUGCACAGCAUCUGAGUUAUCAAGCGCCCCUAAAUAACCUGGAGGGGCAGAGAAUCCCAUCACCAAAAGGCCAAGAACUAGAGCAUCAGGCACCUUCGAGUCACCAGUUAUCGCCAGCAAACCCGGAAUCCGGGAGGAGUAUAUCACCUAAAGGUAAAGAGCCAAUCUAUAAAGAACCUUCGGAUCCCCAGAAGCUACCAGCUAACCCGGAAUCCUGGGGGGAGUUAUUCCCUGGAGGCAAAGAGCCUAUGCUCAAAGAACAUUCGGGUCCUCAGACGACACCCGCUAACCCAUAUCGGGAUUAUGACGGAGUUCGAGGCGAAGAAGCAAAGGCACUCUCGCGGGGGAGAAAAUUCUUUCAGGAUCUGGUGCGACGAAAGACAAGGUCAAAAAGGAGGCUAUUGGAUGAUGAAGUGGAAUUCCCUGGUGGGGAAGCUCUCCUAGCUCAAAAAGUCGAAACACAAGGUUAUUAUGUGCCACCAUCACCUGAUCAACGUGGGAAUGACCAGGCAGAAUCAGAUGAUAGUGGACUUCCAAUCGUUCCUACCAACUUGAACACGCACAAUGAAGAUCCCAGGUCCGCUCCAGGCCUAAAUGGGGGCGACGAUCCCUAUCUUUGGGAGAUUCUCGAAUCUAUCGUUGAACAGUGUUCAGUUCCUCCUGGGGUGAGCAUCGAUGUUAACUUCAAUAACUUCGAUGGUGCUACCGAAGAGCCUAGCCUGUCUAUGUACUCACAAGAUUGGAUAAGUCUGCCGCAUAGAGACGAGCGACCACAAUAUCCUCAGCUACCGCAUCCCAGCUUGAUGUAUGAGUCCAACAACUCUCCAUUAGCGCCACUGAACGGUUCUUCUAAUCAAGGUGUGGCUAUCCGCUCUCGUAACGACAAAAUCAUUCAGUAUCUAAAGGACAAUCCCAACGCUUCUUUGAGAGGGUACUGGGAUCGAGGUGUUCGAACACCUGCCCAGUCAUACAAACAGUCUCAGCCUUCUGCUCUUGCCCAAAGCGAAUAUCUAAUUGUAUGCAAUCCUGAUAUCCUUGAUCAAUCAGAAGGAAACCAGCCAUCACCCAAUAAUCCACAGAGUCCUUAUCCAUACUGCCCAGGCCCACAAACUACGUACGCACUGGAACAGCAUACGCCAAACACCGAGGCUUCCGGAUCAUAUGACGCCGAGGGCGUGCAAAUACAAUACGCUCAGUCGCUGGACCUACAUAUCACUCACAAAUCGAACCGGCACAUUCCAGACGCAGAGGAUUCCGGGCUAAGUGAUGCCGAAAGUGGGCGAGUGCAAUAUCCUCAGUUGCCGGAUCCCGAAAUUGGCGGUGAGUCCAACUACGACUACCCAGAAAUCACCCCUAGAGAGAGAGGUGCUCCUUCUUUCGACUAUAAUAUGUGUGUGGAGAGUUCGGGGAUCCCACGAUGGCAACAAAGUAAUUUGACAGAUGGGGCAGCUUGGUUUAGUAAGCUCGCAUCGAAUAUCUCCCGGGGUAUUGAUCAAACUUCAGCUGAACAAUUUGAGCUCUGGUUUGGGUCUUUACAGCAUAAUUACCCUGUUCUGGAUCGUGUUGCUUAUGAUUUCUCUGGCAUACAUUCCGGUAGAGUAAUGAUAGUCUCACCGUGGUCACUAAAGCCCACGGUGAACAAUGGUCGCACUACUAGAAGCGACAGAGGGAAGUUUAAUAUUUCUAUAAGUCUCAAAUUAUACCCAGUAACCCAGGUUUUCCCUCCAGAUUCCUUAUACCUAGUCUUUCCAAGUUUCGAGACCUGCGCCGCUAUGUCUUCAGACAAGUCUACCUCAGGCCCACUUCUUUCCGGUGAGAACUCUACUUCUUAUCCCAAACAUCCAAAGGUCGUCUUUACCUCACCCAGCGCGCUCUCCGCUGAAGCCAUCACCCUCGUAGAAAACUCCCACGGACCCACCAAACACAAUAUCUCCUGGCUAAGCAAACUCUGUAAUCGAAAGCAUAAGGACCCUAAACCUUCUUCAGAUCAUGAUGUGGCUAGGCUUGUGAACUUCCAUCUUGAAGUCACUGGCCACUAUCCCCUACCCAAGAUUUCCAGAAGCAAGCAUUCCUCCCCAAGAGUACCACAUUUCGUCGGAGAGACCGAGGAAAUGGGACGAAAGAGGUUUCCCGUCAAGUCACGGAGGGCUGACUGGCGGAGGGCCGCAACUACGGAUGAGCUGGUUAUCCCUGGGCCGUUGUUAGAUGGGGAUCUUGCUGGGUUGAAGACCCGUUCCGCUCCUGACGUCUCUUUUUGGAGCUUGAAGAAAUCGGUUUUAAUUGUUGUGUUGGGAUGUGUUCGUUGCUUAGGGGGCAGGCCUUCCGAAAAGAAUUUAGGAGUAGAUAAACUUUCACUAUUCUCCUCAGGAAAUCUCGAAAAAUCCCAUGGUGCCGAAAAAUAUAAGGGUAACGUCCUCCCUUGCGUGGCGGAAAACCCCCUGUGCCGAAAUGAAUCUAUGUUUAAGCAUCGCAACUCUCUCCCCGACAAUUCUGAAACCGGUGUGCAGUCAAAAAAAUACAACACUCUUGGUCAUGCUGUCGAUCAAUCCGUUUAGAGCAUCUAGAACUAACAUUACAUUAGCUUUAC